AUGGUCUUGCGUGGCCUUGAGUUCUGCAAGCUUCUAGUGGAGGAGGAAGCAGACGGGAGGAGGAAGGAGGUGUUUGUGGCUUCCAUUAACUUCAUUACAUCGCAGGAUGACAGUAAAUCACAAAAGCCACCUUCACCACCCUCUCCUGAUGAGAUCCCCAUCAAUGUCAAGCAAGCAUACAAGACCUUUGCCGCAGUGCCCUUGUCACACUCUCUGCUCGAGACACAGGAAUUGCCUGGUCAGACCAGCACAGAGAAUCCCAAAGCUGCCCCGGAGGUGGCCAUGCACAGCCCCAGUGGACUGCACAGCCCUGAGCAGAGAUCCUUCCGCGAGAGGCAGAAGUAUUUUGAAAUUGAGGUGAAGCAACAGCAGAUGGAUAAGCCUCCCAAACGUGUCUCCUUGGUAGGAGAGGAUGACCUGAAGAAGAUGAAAGAAGAGGAAGCUCGGAAACUGCAGCAGAAACGUACCCUUCUGUUGGAGGAAGAGACAGAAGAGGACGAGAUGGUAAAGCAGGUGCCCGAGAUGAGCACGCAGUCCAGUGUCAUCAUUGAAGGAGUUGAGUACAAGAUUGAGAGACUAAAUGGAAGGAGCAUCCAGGCUCCAGCAACUCGGCCCUCUGAGGUCAACGAGAACAGCAGCUCACAGAGGAAUUCACUGGAAGAGGGAAUUAAGCCUGAACAGAGGACCAACUCUGUGUCUGGGUUGAGUCCAUCAUAUCUUGGAGCAGGGGAUCCAGUGGCGCCUGUGCGGACAGCCAAAGCUGAACGGCGGCACCAGGAGCGGUUGCGAAUGCAGAGUCCUGAGCUUCUGAGUGGUCAAGAGAAGGAGCUUUCUCCAGCAGAACGUCGUGCUCUGGAGGCAGAGAAACGAGCGAUGUGGAGGGCAGCACGGAUGAAAUCACUUGAACAGGAUGCUCUUAAAGCCCAAAUGGUUAUUGCCAAGUCCAAGGAGGGGAAAAAACGCAGCACACUGGAGCAGCUGGCAGAGUCACCUUCACCUGUUCCUACCCCAUCACCAACACCACUGGAAGAUUGCAGUCCCAGAAACAUCACUUCGCCGGGAAGGCUGUCCAUGUCUGAAAAGAAGUUUGACUACCGGGAAUUUGCUGCUAUUCCUUCCUCCAAACCUGUUUACGAAAUCCAGUCACCUGAUGCAGCUGAUGACCUCAGAUACAUAGAUGAAAGAAAUAACUCAGUUCCCCAGGAGCAGGAUGGGCAGCCAGAGGAAGAGGAAAUGUUAGUAACACGUGAUUCAUCGACACCUACUUCAUCAGCACUUGAAGAAAUGGCCCUGUACAGCAGCAAACGCAAACUCCGACACAGCCGGCGCAGUUUGGAGGCUGCUGUCCCUACGUAGAAGACCUGGUGCACCUGGGCGAUGGAGUAGCCCGGCACAGGGCUUUUGAGCUUCCUGUGCUCCAGGGACAGCACUGGACUGCCCA